AACCUCUAUAUACCAUUAGAGACUCGCGAGUAUUGUCGCGACAAUCAAUAUCCACCCACCAUGCACGAACUCUCCCACAUGGGCCCUCGGGCCUUUAACCACACCCAGAGCAACGAUGCCGAAGCCGAGUAUGAUCGUCUGCGCAACCUCGCCCGACAGGAAGCCUCGAAGCGCGGCAACUGCUUUCAGCGCUCCCAAGAAGCAUACUCCUCCGGCGAUGGCGCAGCGGCCAAAGAACUCAGCGAGCAGGGCAAAGCGCACGGGCGCAAAAUGGACGAGUACAACCGCCAAGCAUCGGAGUUUAUCUUCAAGGAGAACAACGCGGCGGGGCGCGUUGAAGCAGAUACAAUUGAUCUGCACGGGCAGUUUGUAGAGGAAGCCGAGGACAUUCUGGAAGAGAGAAUUAAGUAUGCCCGGAGUCAUGGGCAGAACCACCUGCACGUGAUUGUCGGAAAGGGAAACCACUCUGCCAACCAUGUGCAGAAGAUUAAGCCGCGCGUUGAGCAGGUCUGUCGUGAGUUGGGUCUGCAGUAUGCGACGGAGGAGAAUGAGGGGAGAAUCUACGUAAACCUCACUGGUGGCGCGGCGAAUAUGCCCCCGAGGCCGUCGCAUGGACAUGGACAGGGUCAUGGUCAAGGCCACCAACAGCAACAUCAUCAGCAACAACAGCACCACCAGCAACAGAACCAGGAUCCUGUUGAGCAGGUGGUUAGGGCGGUUCUGCCGCGGGUGCUGCGCAAGAUGGAGAAGGCUUGCUGUGUUGUUAUGUAAGGAGGCUAUUUUGCUUUUCUUGUGAGUGAAUGGCCUUUUUUUGGAUACCAUUAUGCUUCUGGUAUUUGGCCGGUUACGAUAGAGGUACUUAGAGGUACUUAGAAGGUGAAGAGUGUUAUACCCGGAAUGCUAUUUAGGAUCUUUUUGUCCGAUUUAUGAGCUAUGGCAAAUGUCCGGAACUUCCACGU